UGAGCUGUAACUGACAAUGUAGUAUUCAUCACAUUGUGUGAGGCUAUAUGAUAGUUAUAUAAUUAAGUACCGUAGAUUUUUUCAUGUUUAAUUUAGCAUGGUGUACAAUAUACUGUAAUUGUCAGUACACUGUAAUUAAUAGGCACUGCGACCGCCACGAAGUGGCUCUGCUGUGCCAGGUUAUCAUAUCAGUAGGCCAAAAAUUACUUCAAUUACAUGAUUAUCUUAAAUAUCCAACAGUUUUAUAACAAGUGUGCUCUCGUAAUAAAUAACAACAACUUAUAAAUGUGUUCGCAAAUGCUCUUCGCUAUUUUUGGUAAAAGGUAGCUAAUCGCCUCCCGAUCCAGGAGCGUGACCAGCGCCUCGCGCCCACCGUGGAGUUCAGACUGCUGAGAACAAAGGGGGUGAACGAUGACAAGCCAGCUCCAGUGGGUCAGAGUUCAUUGCCUCAACUGACAUAAAAUCAACUGGAAAAUGUUGGAUCCAGAAGAUGGCACAUUACCUUUGGAUAGCCUGUUUUUUGAAAGACCCAUUAUCCAUAAAGUAAAACCACUCCGCCAGGAGCAAGGUGAUUGGAAGGAUUCUUAUGAGAGGUCAAAGACAUCUUUACCUCCUUUGAGAAGAGAAGAUUGGAUCAACAAUCUUCCAAAGCAAAGAGGGGAUGUCGUAAAUUGCAGUGUAACAGAUGAGUCACCUGGACAGGACGGGUCCUUCCUCUGGACUCAAGAUCUCCUGGGCCGUGCUGGAAAUGAUACUGACCAGCCUCGAGACUCUGAUCAUCUGUAUACAGGGAGUCCUUUUCCUUCAGUCUUUAACCAAAACAGUGGAGAGCGCUCACAGUUCAGGAGAAGUUUAUUUAAACCCCCUCCAAGGAUGGUCUCAGAAAGUGGUGACCAUGGCAACAGUGCACCAAGUCAAAGAACAUUCCAGACAAGUGCCUGUUUCAAUGGGCAGGUUUCUAAAGAGACAGAAGAUCCAUUCAUCACAUCCACCCAUAUUGCCCCCAGUCCUUUGACAGGUUCAGGGCUGCGCCGUGCAUGCAACCCUCCCGCUUUAAAGCACAACACGGGUACGAAAAAAGCCCACAUCCUCCCCCUGACACCUCGGCCUCUCAAUAUCCAAGGGGGAUCAGGGUCAGGGAUUCUCCGUCCAGUUACUGAAAUCUCUGCACAAUUCAGAUCUGUCUUCAAAGAGUUCCCUUUCUUCAAUUACGUUCAGUCUAAAGCCCUGGAUGACAUUCUUUACACAGGCAAAAAUUUUGUCGCUUGUGCACCCACCGGCUCAGGAAAAACAGUGCUCUUUGAAUUGGCAAUCGUUCGGUUGCUAAUGGAAACCCCUUCACCCUGGCGCAAUAUCAAAAUUGUAUACAUGGCACCAAUUAAAGCUCUUUGCAGUCAGCGAUACGAAAACUGGAAGCAGAAAUUUGGGCCUUUGGGGCUGAACUGCAAGGAGCUGACAGGAGAUACAGAAAUCGAGGACUUCUUUGAGAUUCAAGAUGCUCAUCUCAUCAUGACUACACCAGAAAAGUGGGACAGCAUGACCAGGAAGUGGAGGGAUAACUGUCUUGUUCAGCUGGUCCGGCUCUUCCUCAUAGAUGAGGUUCACGUGGUGAAGGACACGACUCGUGGCGCAACACUCGAGGUCGUAGUCAGCAGGAUGAAAACGAUGCACACCUACCGCUCUGCUGAAAACCCGGAUCCCAGCCUCGCCAUGAGAUUUGUGGUGGUUUCAGCGACCAUUCCAAACAUUGCUGACAUAGCCGAUUGGCUCUCGGACGGGACGGGCCCGGCCACCUGCCUGGAGAUGGACGAGAGCUUCAGGCCCGUGAAGCUGAGGAAGGUUGUGCUGGGCUUCCCCUGCAGCAGCGGUCAGAAUGACUUCAAGUUCGACCUCUCCCUCAAUUACAAAAUGGCCAACGUCAUCCAGACCUACUCCGACGAGAAGCCUACGCUCGUGUUCUGCUCCACGAGGAAGGGGGUGCAGCAGUCCGCGGCGGUGCUAGCUAAAGACGCUCGAUUCAUCAUGAGCGCCGAACACAAGCAAAGGUUGAUGAAGUAUGCAAAUUCUCUGCAUGAUUCAAAACUGAGAGAUCUGGUGAUGUAUGGAGUUGGUUUCCAUCACGCUGGGGUCGACAUGUCUGACAGAAAAACAAUCGAAGAUGCUUUCACGCUCGGAGACCUACCAGUUCUUUUUACAACCAGCACUUUGGCAAUGGGAGUGAACUUACCUGCUCAUCUUGUGGUGAUCAAGUCCACCACGCACUACGUUGGAGGGUCGUGUGAGGAGUACAGUGAGACCGACAUACUGCAGAUGACUGGACGAGCAGGCCGACCCCAGUUUGACACAACGGCAACUGCAGUGAUCAUGACCAGGUCCCAGACAAAAGACAAAUACUCCCGGCUAAUGAGUGGGGCUGAAACCAUCGAGAGCAGCCUACACACACACCUUGUGGAGCACUUAAAUGCAGAGAUCGUUCUGCACACUAUCUCCGAUGUGAACGUGGCUCUGGACUGGAUUCGCUCUACGUUCCUCUACAUUAGAGCUCUGAAGAAUCCUGGACAUUAUGGUUUCCCACCUGACCUGGACAGAGCUGGAAUUGAAAUGAAACUGCAAGAGCUCUGUCUGAAGAACCUGAAUGAACUGGCGGCCAUAGGCUUGAUCACUAUGGAUGAAGAUGUCAACUUCAAACCUACCGAAGCAGGGAAGCUUAUGGCCCGAUACUACAUUGCAUUUGAGACCAUGAAACAGUUCAGUCUUCUGUGUGGAACAGAAACACAGCCUGAACUGCUUCAACUGAUCUCCAAAAGCAAGGAGUUCAGUGACAUUCAGCUGAGAGUGAAUGAGAAGCGAACGUUGAACACCUUGAACAAGGAUAAAAACAGGAUAACAAUCAGGUACCCCAUGGAGGGGAAGAUAAAAAAUAAUGAAAUGAAAGUUAACUGCCUAAUACAAGCUCAGCUUGGCAGCAUCCCAGUUCAAGAAUUUGGAUUGUCACAGGACACUGGGAAAAUAUUUCGAAUUGGAAUACGAAUUAGCAAAUGCUUGUCUGAGUUCCUGAAGCAGUUGCCGAAGAAGAGCUUCUCAGCACUGUUGAACUCCCUGAUUUUGGCCAAGUGCUUCCGGGCCAGGCUUUGGGAAAAUUCUCCAUUCGUCUCAAAACAGCUUGAGAAAAUCGGACUGACACUCUCCACUGCCAUGGUGAACGCGGGCCUGACCACAUUCCUCAAGAUCGAGCAGACGAACGCCAGAGAGCUGGAGAUGAUUGUCAACAGACAUCCGCCAUUUGGUAACCAGAUCAAGGAGGCUGUCGUGCAUCUUCCAAAGUAUGAAGUCAGUUUGGAACAGAUUCCAAGAUACAAUGUUGCAACAGCAGAGAUCCUUGUUACGGUGAACUUGAAAAACUACGAGCAGCUGAUGUCAAAGAGAACAGCUCCCGACCACCAUUAUGUCACCUUAAUUAUAGGGGAUUGUGACAAUAAUGUGGUGUUCCUGCAAAACAUCACAGACUCUCUCCUGCUGAAGUCUGGAAGCUGGUCAAGGAAAAUUGAAGUCACAAGAAGUCCCAAAGGAGAGGAGCUCAGUGUGAACUUGAUCAGCUCAGAAUUUGUGGGCCUGGACAUUCAGCAGAAGUACAGCGCGUUCUACUCUGGAGCGAAGCGCUUUGCAUCUGAAAUGGACAGUUGGGAGAACCGGCAGUCCUCGGCAAAGAGAGAACAGGGUGCGGAGCAGAGAACGCAAACUGCAGCAGGGAGACAAGAACAUGGCAAAGCACCCAGAGCAGAGAGUGCAAUACAGAAAGCACAGGGCAUCGCACAGAGGCCUAAUGCCAAGCCCUUAACUGCCGGCCCCUUAGGCAACGAUUCUUCAAAAGAGAACAUGUCCGUAGAGCAAGGGAAAAGAGAGUGCAACCACUUCUGUAAAAACAAGGAGCAAUGUGGACAUGAUUGCUGUAAAGUUGGUGUACACAUGGUGCUGAAAAGGCCCUCAAAUGCAGAGUCUGGUUUUUCUUCCUACCUCAGAGAUUUGAAAAACAGGAACGAGACGCUCGUGCAGACUCCUGUUAAGCGUCUGAAGAUGAAAAUGUGCAGCCAGGCUCGGGCUGCUGCCAUGCACCAGUUCUCAUACAAACCCAAAGACAUCCUGCCUGCUGUCCCAAGGUGUGAAGGGAACCAAUAUUUUCAUCCAACAACAGAGGAAAAUGUGGACUACUUUGAGGAUUCUGAAACACCUCGGCAGAUAUCAGGAGGGUCAUAUUAUGAUGACUAUAGCAGCUACUUGGAAGACAUGACUGAGGAGGAAGCACCUGUACAAGCUGCUUCUGAACCACAAAACGUUCCGGUGUGGAGGCGGUCUGAUGCUGGCAAUAAGGGAACAUUCAGCAGCACCGUUACGGGCCAAUCCUGUGGUUCUUUUGGAAAGAGGAGCACACAUCAUUCCAAGGAUAGUAGCUGCUUCUCACCGGAUGAUCUCAGUGUGACCUUUGACCUAGGAGUGGAUGACUGGGAUGAUAUUGACGAUGUCAAUUUAGUGAAUGCCAGUGAGAUUUCGUACACCAAGAUCCCGACCAGUGACUGCAACACACAGAGAGAUUACUCGACACCACUGACUUCUUAUGAACAACCCAAAUCUAUCUUCGCUCAGCUCAGUAGAUCACACACGGUGAGCUCCACCGAUGUCAGACCUCGAGAGUCUCAGUGUCUUGGACACAUUCCAAAUAAACAACCACUGGACAACUGGAGCCAAUCAGAUGAUGGCCUUAAAACUUUCAAUGAAAUGAAUGCAUACAGGAUGAGUCCCUCCUUCCCAAAACAGAAGUCAUCACACUCGGCCACCUUGAAUAGAACGCUCAAUUUCUUUUCACGGCCAAAUGCUGUGGAACGCAAUGAAAAUUCUGGCAGAUUACAAGGGAAAGAAGACUCUUCAGAUGUUGAAGCAUUCCUUGGAAUAUUUGAAGGAAUAUUUUAGUGCUUUAUGGACUGUUGGAUAUGCUGAACUUUAGAUGCCAUUUCUACUGCAAUGUAACUUUCAGUGUAACAAGAUAUAGUUCCCUGUUGUUUGCGAUAAACAACUUUUUUGAAUCUGCUGAUGCUGCUAAUGUGGCAGUUAUUGUGAAUGUCUUUGUUUUGUCAAAGAUGUCAGCUUGGAAUAAAAGCCUUGUUACUGAGCUAAUUU